AUUGCAUGAUAUGGACGCCAGUAACAGCCAGGCGUCGUCACAGUCGGCGACCGCUACGUCCAAGGUCACAAAUGAAGAAGAAGGCACACCAACACGGACAGAGAUCGACGAGAACUUCUCGGCCAUCGAAUUCCUAAAGGAGUUCAGUAAGUUCCCAGAACAAGAAUACGACAUGGAGUUCGCGGAUAAAUUGUUCAAACGACUGGUCGUGUCUCAAGACUUCACACGACUCAAAGACCAGGAGUUUCUCUUUGUAUUAUCUGGACUGCAUACCUUUAUAGAACGAGUUAUAUGCUCGAAAGAAAGAAUGAUUUCACUCGAAGAUGCCUGCUUCAAGCUCAUUAUGUCUUAUAAAGACUUCUCAGGCAAAACUUUCUUCACCGAUAAAACUAUGCAGAAUAUAUUCACAGGCUUUGUUAUGUACCUCACUACGUUAUGUGCUGAGAGGCUUUGUGAUGUUUUUGAGGAACCUUUUCUCCGGCCCCAUAUAAUGAUACCAGCUGUGAGCGAUCUCCUGAAAAGGCAAAAAUGUGGAAAGGAUAUGCGAUUUUUCACGAAUCCGAAAUUUGUCCUACGAGUGAAUAAAAAGAAAAUAGACAGAUGCAUUGGCGAGAUAAUCAAAUAUUUGGAGAAGAAUUUCAACCUGAUUGAGAAGUACAUGGAACGUCACAAGGAGGCCGAUUUGCUGUUUCAGAUGCAGAUUAUAACGCUGUUUAAGCGGUUACUAACUUAUGAGCCGGAUAAAGUGGCAGCCUGGCUGGUGCAUUUCUGCCCCCGAUUUGUGAAGAAUCUGGGCCAGGAUAUAGAUUAUAAUAUAUUGGUUGCAAGGGCUGUUACUAAACUGAUCAAGGUGUCGCAAACAAAGCCGGACCUUGCGCAAGUCAUAUCAGGAGGGUGCUGUGAAUUGUUCAAGCUAAUCAUUCGGAAGUUCACGUGGAAAUCAAAGUACACAUUUGUCUCCUACGACGACAAACCGAACCACGAGAUUGAAAUAAACCCCGAGUUGUUCUGCGUGUUCGUGUCGUGCUCAUACGCAUGCUGCAGCUUGCCGAGUUGUGGCGAAGAUUAUCUGGCUCUUGUAAACACGAGACUGGAAAAAUUAAAUAACGAGGCAUUGAUGAAAAUGCUGACAGAUAAUGACGCCUGUUUAAUUGAGUUCCUGCUGAGAAAUUUGACCUUCAUAGCGACGAAAGUGUUCACGCCUACCAUUGGAAAACUUUUGCCUAUGCACCCGAAUGAAGCACAUAAAGAGUUCUUGAUAAGUACAAGCUGGUCGACCCAAUUGAUAAUCGACUAUUUAAUUUCGGACGAGACAAGAUUCUUAGAAUACUUCAUUAAGUUUCUGAAGUACCAUGAACAGAAUUGCAAUUUGGUGCAAUUGACGAACCAAUCGUGCUGCUUUGCAUCUCAUUUUGACGAGUUGCAACAUAAGUUGACUAAAAUGAGUGGAAAAAAGCUCAUUCCGUAUAAUAUUGAUCCGCUUUUGAACAGACUGGCAAAGGUCCUGACAGUUUGUAUGAAGCAAGAAAGUUCGCCGGUGUUGGCUGAUAACAACCAAUGGUUAGAUUCGCAGGCUGAUAUAACUGCAGUUAAUAUAAAAGACGACCAAUCUUUGCAAUCUAGCGUAAUGAGAGGCGGAGAUAAUCACCGGCUUACGAGUGAGGAAAAAGCGGCGACUUAUCCGCAUAUCCAGGCCAGCGAUCCGACGACCUCGAUGAUCCCGGUAGUGCAGAACUCGGCAACUGUAUCGGACUUCUCGGACGCGUUGUCGAGUUUCGGUUCGUCUCUGUUGGCGCCUGGAAAUAUGAAUCAGAAUUAUAACUAUCAGAGUACAUAUCAAUCAGCGGAUGUCGAUGCCUCGAAAUCGAGGUCAGAUUACAUGCAGCAGAGCAGCUCUCAGCAGGAGCAGAAUUCCUCGCAGGUGAAUGCGGAUGGACAAUCUACGUCCACAACCUUGCCUUCGUCCUCAUUGAAUGAGGGACCUUGUUGAAUGAUUACUGAUUGGAUUUGAUUUUUGUUGGGGUUGCCGAUAAGUUUUUCUAAAAAGUUGAAGCAAUUGAAUAUGGAACGAUUGUAGUUAUGUGAUUUUUUUUCGUACGCUUGAUCUGAUUUUCUGUUUUGAGAAAAGGGACUCAAAAUAUAAAUUGAAUUGUUUCAUAAGAGAUAUCGGCAACCCUCGGGUUCUUGAUUGAGCAGGGAGAUUCAUUUUUUUAAUUUGGAGGCAAACUUAACCGGUAGAUUGAACAGAUAAUUAAUUUUUGGUUGGAAAUCAAUGAUUUAAUUGUUUUUUGAUUAUAAAUUCAAGAAAAAUGCUCGCGAUAA